CAAAAAAGAAUUAAUUUUGAAUAAUAAAUGUGCCAUAGAAGAAAUAAGAAAAUUAAAACUUGAAGUAAAAAGAAUUGUCACGAAAUACUUUGAAAGUUAUAAAAAAGGCAAACGAAGAAAAGGGCUGUGUAUCAAGAAAAGCAAAGCAAAUACGAAAACAACACAAAACCCACUCAAAGAAAUUAAAAAAAAAAAAUAAAAGCAUAAAACCAAGUCAAAGAAAAGUAUUUCAAAAAGGGUUUUAAAAUUGCCGCACUACAAGAUUAAACAUGCCUGCUCAUGAGCUUUAUAAAUGCCUGCUGUGUCAGAAAAGGCACGCUUUGAAGCACUGCCCCAGAUUUAUUUUGAUGACAGUGGAGGAUAGACGGGUGGCUGUACGACGUCACGAGUAUUGCCGUAAUUGCCUUGCGAGAAGCCACACGGUGGAGGAGUGCAUAUCAUCAGGCACUUGCAGAAAGUGUGGGUUUCAACACCACACCAUGCUGCACCUGCACAACUUCACUGUGCAGCAAAAGAAGUCCCACACUCCCACCAAGCCUGCCCGCUCCCUACAGCAACAAGCAAAAUCUGCUGCUUCCUCCAAAUAUAAGUCUAAACCAGCUACAACACCAUCACGAAAAUCAGCAAGGCCUAACAAUACCGCUCGCCAGAAAUCAGCUCGACCCCAUCCACACCAACGCAACAAUCAACAACGCAACAACAAACAAAAGCAGCGCAAAACCAAGCCAAAGGUCACCAAAAAACAACAGCACACCUCUGCAAAAAAGCACCAAGCAGCCCCUCAACCAAACUACUUGGUUUUGUCAGAGGCCAUCAAGUCCUUGGCGACCGUACUGUGCGCAUCUUCAACACAUUUUGCGUAACCGCAAGGCCGGCGCCAUGGACAAAUUUGAAUUUGUCCUUUAAUUUAAGUAUUUUAGUAGUUAAGUACUUAUCGUAAAACAAAUUGAAUUAUAUUGGGAAUUAUGUUGAAUUGUAUAAGUAUAAGAAAUCAUAUGAAAUCCCUUAGUACUAAGAUGUAAUAGAAUAAGACGAUUGUGAAUUAAUAGCUGUCAAAUUUAGUACUUAAAGCCACUCUCCUUGUCUUAGAAUUACAUUACUUCACUUCUUCAACAACCGCAGACAAGGUGAGCACGCACACUACCCAUCUCCUCUCUUUCCUUAAU